AUGCCCCUGCUACAACCUUGUUUAUGUUCAUGUUAUUCUCUAAAAUUGCCGUCAUUACCGGCAAAUCUUUUAGAAGCAGAUGAACCUGUUAAGAGGAAAAUGACAUUAGAGAGUCGAACAGGUGCAGCUGUUGGAAUAACGAGGUCAGAUAUUUUUGUUCACGGAGGUCUUACAAUUCCAUUAAAUUUAACCAAAAUUAAUUCUUUACAAAUUCAAAAAGAGUUGGUGCUAUAUUUUGCCAAGGAAAAACAAGGCAGUAGUCUUUUCAGGAAGCUUACCGAUUGGAUUUCACCCGAGGUUUUCUUUUUAGAUUUGAUUUCAAGAAGUUGGAAAAGAUUAGAGACCGAGAUGGAUACGCAGUAUAUUGGGGAACAUGAUGAAGUACCAAAAUUAAGUGAAAGAUUUUUCCAUUCGAUAUCUUUUUGCAGUUCUUGCCUUUACAUCUUUGGUGGUCUUAUGGUUUCACCACAAAAUGGAUAUGAAUUAAUUGCAUCUAAUGAGUUAUGGAAGUUAGAUUUAACUACCAGAAAAUGGUCAUUAAUUAGCCGAGAUCCUCAGAUAGCGAGAAGGUUUGCUCAUACGAUGCAUACUAAAAAUGAGAACAUCGAAACUAGAGAUACAAAACUGGUUAUUGUCGGUGGACUAAACAAUAUGGAUCAGCCAAUCAAAAAAGUCGAUAUUUAUAAUUUAACCAAAGGGUUUUGGGAGUCUGAACCAAAUCCUGAAUGUUUUAAAAAUAUAAGGACAAAUGUGGAGGGUAGACAUUUUACUCAUGUAAAGGAAUCGAAUCUUUCCAUACUGAUAGAGAACAACGAGGCUAAAGUACCAACCUUGGUUAUUUAUGGUAUGAGGAAUGAUGAUGGAACACAAUCUAUUAGAGAAAAAAAUGAAAGCACAUCACCAGUUGUUGCAUUACCAAUAUUAUCUGAAUCUAAAGGUAUGGUUAUGAACUUGAACGAAAAUCAACUAAAAUCUCAUGCAGAUAUUCCUUAUAAUUUACACUAUCCUUCAGGCUCAUAUUUUUCCCAUUCGGUAGUAAUGGCAGGGUUUCACCCAAAUUUUCAAGCCUCUAGUUUUCAAUGCUUCGUGUAUGAUAUAUCUUCUGGUAAAUGGGCCAAAAUUGGAACCAUUUGUGAAGAUAGAGAUUUCCAUAAACAUAGAUUUUGGACAUUAUUCGUAUGGCAUUCUCAUCAUCAAACUAUCUUAUUAGGUACAAAGGAUGAUGAUUACAAUUUACCCAGUGUACAAAAAUUUGAUUGGUUAUUAUCAUUUGGAUUACCAAUGGUUAGCCUUUACAACAAACUUUUACAUUCAGUAGAUCACCGCUCUACCAUUUUAAGGCCAACACCUAAUAUAAUGCAUAAGCAGCAUAGUUCACCUGAAACGGGUUCUGAAGCUUUAGAUGAAGCUAUUCCCAGCCCGACAGCCACUGAGGAGAGGAAAUUAAGUUUUGCUUCUAGUUCCACUUCACAAUUUGAGAGCUAUAUCAGAUACAUUGCUCCUCCGGUACAAAUGGCCUCAAUAUCUUCAGUUUUCCCACCACAUGCUAUGGUUUUAGGUAAAGAUGCUCUCGAAAUUUUUGGGAAACCGCUUUCAGAUUUUGAAUUCAUUACUGAAGAAGGUGAUUCUAUUGGUGUACCUAUAUUCUUAUUGCGUAAAAGAUGGGGGAGAUAUUUUGAUAUGCUUCUUUCACAAGGUUAUGCAAAAGUAUGCUCGGAAUACGAGGCAAGCGGUGAACAAUCAGAGUUCGUGAGAUUUUCUACACACUCUUCACAGAUAGCAGGAUCAUCUUCUAAACCUUCAGAGGCUUCCUCUUUCGGAUCUUUAGAGAACUAUUCGAAACAGCAACAACAACAACAAGAAUCACAACGGAAAAAAUCUGUUGUCAGUAAACUUGACGAGGAAAAAUCCACUACUUCUAGUAGUUCUUUGCUAGUGCCCGAAGAACCUGAAGAAGAUGUAACCGCUGUUCCUGCAUUUUACGAAAAUGAUUAUGAUGACCCAAUGUCACCGCCAGCUGCAACUCGUAGCCUGACUGACUCUAAAAACCCAAGCUCCAAAUCCAUUCACAGGAUCGGAACCACCUCUACUACAAGUUCAUCUGGUGGUAUGGUUUUCAGAGUUCCUUUCCAAGAAUCUUCUGCAUCGCUAACAGAUACCCGUUCACUAAGACUACCUAUAGGUAAGGAAGGGAGAAGAUCCUCAUCAGUGGCUUCACCUGCAUUGGAAUAUUUGAGACCUAAUAGUAAUUAUCAAAGUGAAAAGCUAAGGCGUGCAUCUCAUCCAGAUACAAGUACUCUUAUAAACGACGAUUAUUAUUCUCGUUCCCCACAUCCAGGAAUCCGUCAUAGCAUUACUAGCACGAGAAGUUCGCGUAAUCCAUCCGUAACGUCUCAAAACAGCUCCAUUUCAUUUGUCAGCUCAUCGUCUGAUAGAAUGGGGAAUUCUAUUAUGCCCCAAACUAGUAAUGGUAGUUCUCUUGGAUCUAACGUUUUAGGAGUUUUGACUGUGCCACUACCACCAGCUACAUCGGCUCCUAACGAACCUUUACCUCCAGCUCCCUAUGAGAUCGCUGGUCGUCAAAAUUCUACCUCAGAAUAUGGGGUUUCAAACAGAAGCAGUCCUCUUUCAUCUAGAAGACCUAGCUAUGACAGAAAUUACUCUGUGCCGGAGACAAGAUUUGCUUCAGAGAAUUUCCGAACUUCAUUGGAUUCUCAAAUGUUAGCUGAGAGUGCACAAACAGAAUCGUCCGCUGACAAUUCUUCACUCCACAGAUCCAUUUUGGCUAAGUUAAAUCCAAAAUCUGGCGAAAGUCCUAGCGCUAGCUUCAUGAAAGGUAGCGGGAAAAAUCCUGAAAAUAAUAGACUUUCAUUGGGUUCCAACGCUGAUAGUACUCUCAGUGUAAAUUCGGCUGGAUUCGAAUGGGAACCCUUAUUAACACCAAGAACAUUGUAUAUGCCCUGGCCUACAGCUACAGUAAGAGCAUUCGCUGAAUUCUUUUACAUUGGUCAGGUAAAUGGUAAAUGGUCAUUAUCCCCGGUUGCUCUCAAUCUUCUAAUUAUGUCCAAGGUUUACGAAAUUCCCUUACUAAGCGACUUAAUUAAUGAAGUGAUCUAUUCUAUCAUUGGUAGAAAGGAAGAUAGUCUAUUUGUGACUUGUAAUUUUCUAAUGGAAGCAAUCAAAAAAAGAUUGAGAAAUAAUUUUAAUGAGGAUGAAUCUUGGAUUGAAGCUCAAGCAUACCGUAAUGAAAACUACAUGGAGUUAGAGAAGUUAAAGCAUUCUCUAGAAAAUGUAGAUAAUGGUUAUGUUGAUAUAAAUCUAUUGAAAAGGGUCUCCAGAUCCUUAUCAAUGAGUACCAAUGAAAGUGAGGAUUUUGCUCAUGAUCAUAUUGGUGGCAAUGACUCCAGCGGAACACCAGUAGGAGGUAGUCAUAUCCCUACGGUUUUUGCCGGGGGUCCGCGCGAUAGUCAUAACUCUGUUGCAUCAAUUGGUUACCCACCUGGAGUCAACUUCCAAGGAUCUAGAAAAUCAAGUUCGGCUUUCAGUCCUCGUGUGAAGAAGAAAUCGAGUUUAAGUAAAGAGGUUAAUUUGAACAGUAUGAACAACAAUAAUAGAGAUGACCCUGAUAAGUUAAAGGGUAAUACUCGUAGAAAUGGUGUUCAUGUCGAUCCUGGUUAUGGCUAUUUUGAUGCGAGUAGUGACAGUAGUUAUACUAGCAGUGAUAGUAGUAUUAACGAUGAUGAUGAUGAUGAUGAUGCUGAUGCUGAUGAUGACGAUGACGAUGAUGCUGAUAAUGACAAGAGUAAUGAUGAGGAAGGCCAAAACCGUGAUGCCCCCCUCCGUUCCACAAUUAUUGACGCAAGAUCUAAAAAAGAUGAAGAAGAUGUGCAACAUGAUGAUGAUUUGAACAAACUACCAACUCCUAAGAAGGAAGAUGAAGAUCUAGAUGAUGACUCCAACUCGUCGCUAUCAGAUUUUGAAGAAUUAAAUUCGGAUAUGGGGUUGUUGUCAUUGAACAAAAUGAAACGUAAGUUAGCAGGUCAAUCUGAUCCCGAUGAAUCUGUGGAUCCAUUACUCAAAAUUGAUUCGGCUACUCAAUCUUAUGGUACUUCCCCCAAUAAAGGUAGCGGUGCAAAGCAUAGAGGGGAUAAUUUUGCACUUGACGCUCAUCAUUUGACAUUAGAAUAUUUGACUUCAUCCAACGCAUUGCCUCCAGUCGAUUAUGUUAUCAAGGCUAUCUACCGUACUGCUGCUCUAGUUAAUUAUCCAAGAUUGAUGGUUAGAUGUCUUGAUUGUAUCGAAGUUUCCAGGAGGCUAAAAGAAAUCAAGAAAAGAUUAACGUAUGAUUUUGCUUCUAUGGAUCAAGAAAUGAAAAGGAAUGCAGAAGCUUCUAGCGUAAGUUCUUCUAGAGAUCAAAAAUUUGAAAAACCCAAUUUAGAAUGGACCUCAUCUAAAGGUGCAUUCCAAGGCAUCUCUCCCACCAACAUGACACCAAAAUCGGGAACACCCAAAGUGGAAAACCAGCGUAGGACUGGUGUUUUCCAAGGGCCAGUAAACCUGUCGCCCAAGAGUUCCUUGAGUAGAGAUGACGAGUCCAUAAAAAGUUCUGCUUCUCAACCAAAGAAGUUCCUCAAGUCAAAGAUAUUUGGUGAAAAUCCUGCUCCACAGGCCUCAACUUCUGCCUUUAUGAACCCUGCCUUUAUGCCGCCACCACCAUCAUCCAACAAAAACAAAAAGAGUAGCUCAGGUACCUCCGGCUUUUCAUUUUUCGGUAUCAGAAAAUAA